AUGAGCGUCUUCACCCUCACCGGCUUUGGCAUUUCGGCCCUGCGCAACUUCUACGACUCCGCCCGGCUACUUGGUCUCUACCGACGAUACUAUGGACCAGCCGGGGGCGUCAUGCUGCAAGUAUUCGGCAGCAGCAUGGUCUGGAAGACGCAGCUGCAGGUCCUGACGUCCGACGACCCUGAAACCGCGAGUUUAUUCCGGACGGCGAAUCAGCAGGAGAGUAAUAUGGUUUCGAUAGCUGGGACUAUCUUGGCGCAAAUCGCCAUCACGGCGCUGCAGUUGGAUAAUGUAGAGAAAGUCCAUUGGACGUCGCAGGCCUGCUUCACUGUCAGUCUUGUCUCGUCGAUUAUAUCCGUCUACUACGCGACAAAACAGCAUAAGAUGCUUGGCCGGUGUCUCCACGCAGACGACAUCAAGAAAUGGAUACGGGGGCCGAAGCGCGGACCGUCAAGGGAUUCGGACGAGGACUGGUCUACGUAUGAUGUGCAGCUACCAUCUGUUGCUGCGGUGCUGACCAUAUCGGCACCUGUGGCGUUGCUCUCCGUUGCUGUUUAUGCAUUCCUCGUUGGUCUUGGGAUCUAUCAGGGCCUUGUUUGGCGAUAUGACCUUGGCGAUUCUUCUAAAGCAGGGAGUUUAGCCGUGUUUAUCGUCUUUGUUGUCUGCCUCUCCGCCUGCCACUCGCUAUAUGCCCUAUCCACUAUGGUCGCGUCCAGUCAGGUCAAUGACUACGAGAUCAGGCCGCAUUUGGAAAAGGCACUGCGGGGGGCUGUUUCGGCGACGCAGCCGGUUCAUGUUCAGCUGGGAGAGAUGGAUCGAGCGCCGACGUAUUCGACUGCGAUAGGGCCGUCGGUGUCAGAUACGAAGACGCGGAAGUUGGACAAUACAACUGAACUGCAGGCUGCGUUUCGAGAGGCAGCGGUGCUGAGGAGGAAUUUGGCUGCGGUUGAUGAACGGAUUGCGAUGUUGCUGGAGGGAAUGCAGGGCCGGUGA